GACGCUAGGCGGAGAAGGGGUGAGCAGGGGGAAAGGAGAGGCACCUUAUCCAGCUCGCGGCCCGUUGUGAACUGAGCCCGAUAAAGGAGACUCGCCGCAGUCUCGCAAUAGGGUGGCAGGAUAAGAAUAAAGGGCAACUGAGACGAACGGUGGAGGCGCUCAACGAGAAAGCAAGGCUUAGUUUAAGCCGGGGGUCGGGGUGGCGGGUGGAAGGGUUACGGAGCGGAACCGGAAAUAGGAAACCACCGCUCCCAGAAGGCGUGGCGGCAGAGUCCCGGAUGUUGGAGCCGCAUAGCCUGACGGGACGGGUAGUUUUGCGAGGCACUUAACCUACGGAGAUUGCCGAGGUUGGAAGUUCUGGGGCCUGGGGCUCCCCGAGCAGGAGAGAUGGAACUGGAGCAGAGAGAGGGGACCAUGGCCGCCGUGGGCUUCGAGGAGUUCUCGGCGCCGCCAGGCUCGGAGUUGGCGCUGCCUCCGCUCUUCGGUGGUCACAUCCUGGAGAGCGAGCUUGAGACCGAAGUGGAGUUUGUGUCCGGGGGUCUGGGCGGCUCCGGGCUCCGGGAGCGAGAUGAAGAGGAAGAGGCAGCCCGGGGCCGUCGGCGGCGCCAGCGGGAACUAAAUCGCAGGAAGUACCAGGCGCUGGGUCGGCGCUGCCGGGAGAUCGAGCAGGUGAACGAGCGGGUCCUGAACAGGCUCCACCAGGUGCAGAGAAUAACCCGGAGACUCCAGCAGGAGCGGAGGUUCCUCAUGAGAGUGCUGGACUCCUACGGCGAUGACUACCGCUCCAGCCAGUUCACCAUCGUGCUGGAGGACGAGGGCAGCCAGGGCACAGAUGCCCCCACCCCCGGCAAUGCCGAAAACGAGCCUCCAGAGAAAGAGGGGCUGUCCCCACCUCGGAGGACCCCCGCGCCCCCAGAGCCAGGCAGCCCAGCCCCCGGCGAGGGGCCCAGCGGGAGGAGGCGGCGGCGAGCACCGCGCGAUGGCCGGCGAGGCGGGGCUGCGCUGACCCCGGAACUGGCCCCGAUCAAGGUUGAGGAAGACUUUGGCUUUGAAGCGGACGAGGCCCUCGACUCAAGCUGGGUUUCUCGGGGGCCAGACAAACUGCUGCCCUACCCCACCCUAGCCAGCCCCCCCUUUGACUAACUCACUCCCCCAAUAAACCAGCCCCCACUCUCGCCUUGGCCGCUGCCCACCGUGCCCACCGGUGCCCACACACACUCCGGCUCGGGCUGGUUUCCGCACGUUUAUUGGGGCCAUCGGGGCGGGGGCCGCUCCCUGUCAGCGGACGCGCUCACAGUCUCUUCAGCCACUCCAGGCUCGGGCCCUGGGGGUCCUGGGGGUGGCUGGGCACGUCGGGCAUGUUCCCGUCGUCUCGGAGGGGCACUGUGGACAGGAGGGGGCCGCUGAGACCAGCAGAUCGCCAGGGCCCCCAGAGAAGGGCCAGCCUGUCAGCUUACAUUCAGACAGGGAGACAGGACCCCAGGGGAGAGAUGAGAAAGUAAGGGGUCAGAGAGGGCUUCCCUGGGGCCUCAGGGGCAAAGAAUCUGUCUGCAAUGCAAGAGACGGGGUUUGAUCCCUGGGUGGGGGAGAUGCCCUGGAGGACAAAAUGGCAGCCCACUCCAGCAUCCUUGCCUGGGAAAUCCCAUGGACAGAGGGGCCUGGCGGGCUGUGGUCCGUGGAGUCACAAGAGUCGGACAAGACAGCGACUCAAGUACCACCACCAAGGGUCAGCGAGUCAGAGAUGUAGGGAAGCAGGGAGAUAGAGACCUGGAGACAUGACAACCCAGAAUGAGGGACACAGACAGGAGCCCCAAGGAAAGACCAACAGGCAUGAGGAAGCAGGACCGGCCUGGAGAGGUGGAGGCCCAGAAAGUCAGCAGCUGGGAAAGCAACAGGCUGGGAACCCAGGCAAGGACAUAAAUCUGAAACCACAGCAACUCACAAAGUGCAAAAACAAGACAGGCGGGACCUCCCCGGUGGCCCAGUGGCUAAGACUCGGUGCUCCCGAGGCAGGGGGCCCGGGUGCGACCCGUCAGGGAACUAGAUCCCACAUGCCACAAAUAAAGAGCCCACGUUGCUGCAGUGAAGGUGACCACCUCGAGCACCGCAACUAAA